AUGGUCUCGAGUGUUUGUUUUGCUAGGAAACACCCAGCUCCCUGGUCUGGUGAUGUCAUCCCCCUCCGGUACAGCUUGUUGGUGAUCCAGGCAUCCAGCUGCUACCAUUCCCCGGGGAGACUGCUAGGCUGUGGAAGGGAGGUGAGAAGGUGCUGGCAGCGAAGUUGGAAAUCUCCCUCCUGCUCCGUCCCAGCAUCUGAAAGAGUUAAGGCCAAGAAGGGGACUAAAUUAAUGGUUUUACAGCCCUUGCCCAAGUCUCCAGCAAAAUUAGUUGACCCCCCCCUCUUUGCUGGGGUCCAAAGUCAGUGUCCCUCCCCAGGUAUCAUUUCUUUUCUCUUUUAA